CUGAACUCUGUGUUGCUGAGGGAGGCUGAGAGGACUUUGCUUUUAGGAACGUCAUUCACCUUGACCUGUGAGGGGGACAGCACCGCCACCUGGUCUACCACAGCGUUCAAAAGGAGGAACUCUAAACAGGGGAGUAUGAUUACCACCAGGUACCUUACAGCAGACUACACUGGCACAUACAAGUGUGUGUAUGACAACCAACCAGACCUGUUCUCAGAGGUCCACAUCUAUGUGAAAGAUCCCAAUAACGUCCUGGUUACCCCCCGCAACAUGAGAGAUGUUGAGGAGGGCGUGGAUCUUCUCCUCUGUCAGCUGACAGACCCCAGUGCCACAGACUUGUCCCUCCAUAUGGCCAACGGAGACCCAACACCCCCCGACAUGAACUACACUGUCAAUCCCAGGAGAGGGAUCCUCAUCAGACACCUUCUGACCAGCCACAGUGCAAACUACAUAUGCAGCGCGAAGAUCAAUGGGGUCACAACACGCUCCAAAGACAUCACUAUCAAUGUCGUUCAAAGGUUGCGUUGGCCACCGUCUGUGUUAAUUGAGGUAGAUGGGUAUGUUAGUAUUGUUGGAGAGGAGCUCCUCAUUCCCUGCAUCACCAGUAACCCUAACCACUUCUACAACGUCACCUGGAAACACUCCUCCCUCAAAACAUUGAACGUCUUUCAAAAAGUAAUACAGGACAAGCAGGUCCACAUCACCAGUACUGUGACUAUCCCGGCUGUGACCAUGUCUGACACAGGAAACUUCACCUGUACAGCCAUCAAUGAGGCUGGGGCCAACAGGGCCACCACCUACCUGGAGGUCGUAGAUGAGCCUUACAUUAGGUUCAUACCCCGCCUGUCACCCAAUCUAUACCAAAAUGGCUCCUUAGUCAAUGUGAAAGAAGGGGAGAACCUUGAGAUAAAUAUUCUGAUCGAGGCCUAUCCCCAAAUCAAGAAGCAUUGGUGGGACGUGCCCAUGUCUCACAGUCACAAUAUCUCCACUCAUGGCGACAAAUGGACCGCCCAAGACAAUAACAGGUACGAGAGCAGCCUGCUGCUACACAGAGUCAGGUCUGAGGAGAGGGGCCAGUACACCCUCCACACCAGGAGCACGCGCCUCAACAGCUCCAUCACCUUCAAUAUCGAAGUCUACCAGAAACCCAAUGCGAUGCUCAGCCUGAAGAAUUCUACCACCCUGAUCUGCACCUCCUCUGGAUACCCAGCUCCCACAAUCCUCUGGUACCAGUGCCCAGGAAUACAAAGCACGUGUGAUGGGGACAAUGACACCGUGGAGGUGCAGCCUCUCUUCACCAGCACCAUGGAGGUGCAGAGUGAGCUGACCCUCAGUCCCUCAACUGAGGAGUUCACAGUGGAGUGUGUCGCCUUUAACUUUGCUGGCAAAAAUCGGGACAUCUUCAUAUCGCAUGUUGUUGCUGCCACUACAAAAACAUUUGUAAUGUCCGAGCUGUUCACCCCCACUCUCAUUGGAGCCACCAGCACAUCAGCCCUUCUGUUCCUUCUGCUUGUCAUCGUCCUGUACAAAUACAAGCAGAAACCCAAAUAUGAAGUCCGGUGGAAGAUCAUCGAGGCCAAUGAUGGGAAUAACUACACCUUUAUUGAUCCUACUCAACUUCCUUAUAACAAGAAGUGGGAGUUCCCCCGUGACAAGCUGAGGCUUGGCCAGAUUCUGGGAGCAGGGGCUUUUGGGAAAGUUGUGGAGGCCACUGCCUAUGGUCUGGGGACCGAUGACAACAUGACCACCCGUGUGGCAGUAAAGAUGCUCAAGCCAAGCGCCCACUCAGAGGAGAGAGAAGCUCUGAUGUCAGAACUGAAGAUCCUCAGUCACCUGGGAUGUCAUGACAACAUUGUUAACCUGUUGGGGGCGUGUACUCAAGGAGGCCCAAUGCUGAUGAUCACAGAGUACUGUAGCCAUGGCGACCUGCUGAACUUCCUGCGUGGCAAGGCCAAGCUGUUCCUGGACUCCAUCCUGAGUGGACCAGAGGUUCCAGGGGAUAGUGAUCACUACAAGAACACAUGUAGCCAGGAGUCUCGUGUCAGGAGUGACAGUGGGAUCUCCUGCUCCAACUCAGACAACUACCAGGACAUGCAUCCAGCGCAGAGGCCCGAAUACUGCCCUAUGGGUUCUUUAUGUGAGGAUCCAGAGACAGACACCUGGUCGCUGGACAUAGAAGACUUGUUGAGGGUCUCCUAUCAGGUGGCUCAGGGAAUGGACUUCCUUGCAUCCAAAAACUGCAUUCACAGGGACGUGGCCGCUAGGAACGUCCUAUUGACCGGUGGCCACGUGGCUAAGAUCUGCGACUUUGGGCUCGCUCGAGACAUCGAGAAUGACUCCAACUAUGUGGUGAAAGGAAAUGCCCGUCUGCCAGUGAAGUGGAUGGCCCCCGAGAGCAUCUUUGACUGUGUGUACACAGUGCAGAGUGAUGUCUGGUCCUAUGGGAUACUGCUGUGGGAGGUCUUCUCUCUGGGUAAGAGCCCAUAUCCUAAUAUUGUGGUGGACACCCGGUUUUACAAGAUGAUCAAAGAUGGAUGCCACAUGUCACAGCCGGACUUUGCCCCUCCAGAGAUAUACACCAUCAUGAAGAUGUGUUGGAACAUGGAACCAACAGUGCGUCCAACCUUCAGUACCAUUGGUCAGCUUAUCCAGAGUCUACUGCCUGACCAGCCAGACCAGACCUACAGGAAUGUGCAGAAUAAGACGCCACAGCAGGAGUCAGGAGAGCAGAGUGACCAAGCUAAGAUUAGCGAGGAUUGUGAUCAGACACUGAACCACGAAGAAGACGAACAGCCCCUGAUGAUGAGGAAUAACAACUACCAGUUCUGCUGAGAGCACAUCAGGCCAUCCUCCAUUACUAUACGUUCAUAGAUGACUGUCUGCCGGUCAGAGCCAAGAGUUGGAUGGACUACACACACAAAAUGAUCCAAAUGUCUUGACUCUCACUGUACAGAACAUGGUUUUAGUGUCAUACAGUACAUUUUUUACGAAGUUAAAAGCGAAGUUCCAGUCAGCAACAACCGUUUUAAAAGGAACUAAGCAUGUAUGCCUUAAACAUUUUAUGUACAGAACAUGACCAUAACCCCAGACAUUAUUCUACCCAUUUAACUUUUAUAUUUACACAGAUCAAGAUAUUUUACAAACUCUGAUCGGACUGUGACAACUUAAUGCCAGGUAGCUAGCUAUGCAUGAGUAAAAAUUCCCUAGGGGAACCCAAGUCAGGGAGAAAAACAACCUAUUACAACCUGUGUGUUGUGAUAAUUGCAUGAUUUGCUCUAUAACCUGUUAGUUCAUAUGCCUUGACACCGUGAUAUAUAGGUCUGAGGCCGAGACAAUAAGAAGAUACAGUGAUAUAUAGGUCUGAGGCCGAGACAAUAAGAAGAUACAGUGAUAUAUAGGUCUGAGGCCGAGACAAUAAGAAGAUACAGUGAUAUAUAGGUCUGAGGCCGAGACAAUAAGAAGAUACAGUGAUAUAUAGGUCUGAGGCCGAGACAAUAAGAAGACACAGUGAUAUAUAGGUCUGAGGCCGAGACAAUAAGAAGAUACAGUGAUAUAUAGGUCUGAGGCCGAGACAAUAAGAAGAUACAGUGAUAUAUAGGUCUGAGGCCGAGACAAUAAGAAGAUACAGUGAUAUAUAGGCCUGAGGCCGAGACAAUAAGAAGAUACAGUGAUAUAUAGGUCUGAGGCCGAGACAAUAAGAAGACACAGUGAUAUAUAGGUCUGAGGCCGAGACAAUAAGAAGAUACAGUGAUAUAUAGGUCUGAGGCCGAGACAAUAAGAAGAUACAGUGAUAUAUAGGUCUGAGGCCGAGACAAUAAGAAGAUACAGUGAUAUAUAGGUCUGAGGCCGAGACAAUAAGAAGAUACAGUGAUAUAUAGGUCUGAGGCCGAGACAAUAAGAAGACACAGUGAUAUAUAGGUCUGAGGCCGAGACAAUAAGAAGAUACAGUGAUAUAUAGGCCUGAGGCCGAGACAAUAAGAAGAUACAGUGAUAUAUAGGUCUGAGGCCGAGACAAUAAGAAGACACAGUGAUAUAUAGGUCUGAGGCCGAGACAAUAAGAAGAUACAGUGAUAUAUAGGCCUGAGGCCGAGACAAUAAGAAGAUACAGUGAUAUAUAGGUCUGAGGCCGAGACAAUAAGAAGAUACAGUGAUAUAUAGGCCUGAGGCCGAGACAAUAAGAAGAUACAGUGAUAUAUAGGUCUGAGGCCGAGACAAUAAGAAGAUACAGUGAUAUAUAGGCCUGAGGCCGAGACAAUAAGAAGAUACAGUGAUAUAUAGGUCUGAGGCCGAGACAAUAAGAAGAUACAGUGAUAUAUAGGCCUGAGGCCGAGACAAUAAGAAGAUACAGUGAUAUAUAGGUCUGAGGCCGAGACAAUAAGAAGAUACAGUGAUAUAUAGGCCUGAGGCCGAGACAAUAAGAAGAUACAGUGAUAUAUAGGCCUGAGGCCGAGACAAUAAGAAGAUACAGUGAUAUAUAGGUCUGAGGCCGAGACAAUAAGAAGAUACAGUGAUAUAUAGGUCUGAGGCCGAGCGGUCUAUCACUCUGGCAUACAGUACACGCUUUUAGUUGUCCUAGGCGACCUGGCUAAAAUGUUUGCUCGCUAGUCUAACAAUGACAAUUCAAGUUGUUUCUGUCAAUGACGUUUUGCUGUUGAUCUGAUGUUAUUUGUGUAAAUCAAAUCCAAGCUGGCUUCCCUUGAUGCUUUUUUUUGUGUGUGCCAGGACCAUUCACAGUCGAGCUCACUCAGUUUAGCUCACUCAGUUUAGCUCACUCAGUUUAGCUCACUCAGUUUAGCUCACUCAGUUGAGCUCACUCAGUUUAGCUCACUCAGUCGAGCUCACUCAGUUUAGCUCACUCAGUUUAGCUCACUCAGUUGAGCUCACUCAGUUUAGCUCACUCAGUUUAGCUCACUCAGUCGAGCUCACUCAGUUUAGCUCACUCAGUUUAGCUCACUCAGUUUAGCUCACUCAGUUUAGCUCACUCAGUCGAGCUCACUCAGUUUAGCUCACUCAGUUUAGCUCACUCAGUUUAGCUCACUCAGUCGAGCUCACUCAGUUUAGCUCACUCAGUUUAGCUCACUCAGUUGAGCUCACCGCUGAUUGGUUAUUAUUGAAUUGUCAUUUUUAUCAAGAGAGGUCAAUUGCUUGCUGUAUUCCCUUGCAUUCAAUGCUAUGGGAGGCAACAAUGUCAUAGUCUUUUUCACCAGACAGCAUCAGAUAGAUGAGCUACACAUACAGAGACAGAGGGGUGCUGUUUGACUCGCUCGGAUGCUUUCUCUGGUGGGAUACAUUCAGCCUCUUGCGACUGGAAAGAAAAUUAUGAAACACAGACAGAUGAAAGGAAAUUGUUUCAUGUUUUUUUCUUGGUACGUUUUUUUUUGGUGAAGCCUGCCAUGAAUACUGCUUAGUGAGCCACUGCUUAAUGCAUCUAUUUUAAAAUGAUUGGAGAAUAGAGGCACUUACAUAUGCAGUUUCAUUUGUUUCCAAUACUCAAAGUUCUCAACACCAGGUCUACUGUACUGAGAUCGACGUUUCAACAUGCCUAAGUAACACAAGACAUAGUUACUGCGAAAACGUUUUUAUAUUAUGGUGUUGAUUCAAGGUUUUGUGUUUAGCCAGUGUGUAGCCUUGGCUCACAAUUAAUUUUGAACACGUUUUGCUGUUUUGGAGAUUAGUUUUGUUUUGCUUUGGCUCGUUCCAAAGGGAUGAGAGUUAAAGAAAUGUACAGUACCAGUCAAAAGUUUGGACACACUUACUCAUUCAAGGGUUUUUCUUUAUUUUUACUAUUUUCUACAUUGUAGAAUAAUAGUGAAGACAUUAAAACUAUGAAAUAACACAUGGAAUCAUGUAGCAACCAAAAAAAGUGUUUCAUAUUUCAGAUUCUUUAAAGUAGCCAAUCUUUGCCUUGGUGACAGCAUUCUCUCAACCAGCUUCAUGACGUAGUCACCUGGAAUGCAUUUCAAUUAACACGUGUGCCUUGUUAAAAGUUCAUUUGUGGAAUUUCUUUCCUUCUUAAUUUGUUUGAGCCAAUCAGUUGUGUUGUGAAAAGGUAGUACACAGACGAUAGCCCUAUUUUGUAAAAGACCAAGUCCAUAUUAUGGCAGGAACUGCUCAAAUUAUCCAAGAGAAAUGACAGUCCAUCAUUGCUUUAAGACAUGAAGGUCAGUCAAUCCAGAACAUUUCAAGAUCUUGAUUUGUUUAACACUUUCUUGGUUACUACAUGAUUCCAUGUGUGUUAUUUCAUAGUUUUGAUAACUUUACAAUUAUUCUACAGUGUAGAAAACAGUACAAAUAAAGAAAAACCCUUGAAUGAGUAGGCUUGUCCAAACUUUUGACUGGUAUUGUACGUAUAUUAUUAUGAAUUGUAGCAACAUAUUUUCCCUAUUAAAAGUGCUUGUAACAAUGAAACAAAACAAUUACUGCAUUAUUGGUCUUGCCUUGAGUGUAAGAACAUUUUACCAAUGCAUGGAAAUGUACUGUAACUAUGUAAUCAAAUAAAAAAAAAUUUUUAAGAGCAAUAAGCUCAAAUUAA